ACGUAGCGACGUAACAGACCAUCAGUGUCUUCUCCUCCAACACCGUUGCUGCUGUUGCACUAUCAACACAGUUUAGUUGGCCCACUAUCUCUGGGAGUUUGGGUCGUUGGAGGCUUAUUGUGAUUUGACUGGUUCUCCUGCGGCUGCCAAGAUGAUUUCACUCACUGAUUCGCAAAAAAUUGGGAUGGGCCUGACAGGGUUCGGAGUGUUUUUCCUCUUCUUUGGGAUGGUGCUGUUUUUUGAUAAGGCUCUCCUCGCCAUUGGAAACAUUCUGUUCGUCACGGGCCUGUCCUUCGUCAUCGGCCUGGAGCGUACCUUCAGGUUUUUCUUCCAGAAACACAAGGUAAAAGCCACCAGCUUCUUCCUGGGGGGAGUGCUCGUGGUGCUGAUCGGCUGGCCGAUCGUUGGGGUCGUCAUGGAGAUCUACGGUUUCUUCCUCUUAUUCAGGGGAUUCUUCCCGGUGGCCGUCGGCUUCAUCAGACGAGUACCUGUGCUCGGGUCUUUGCUCAGCUUACCAGGGAUCAGUGGGCUGGUGGACAAAAUCGGUGAGAGCAACAACAUGGUAUAACCGGACAAAGCAGCAGUAUUUAUCAUAGCUUCGGUGCCACUUCAAGAACUGUGAACCCAAACAUUUCUCUGCACAAAAGACACAUCUGUGGCCGUUUUUUGCUGGCACCACGAUGGAAACUGUUUUGUACACAAUUAACCACUGGACGACAUUGCCACGAGAUUUUUUUUUUUUUUUAUCGUAAGAGCUGGAAGCAGGUCUCCCUUUUUGUAUUGUUGAAGUCUGAUGUUAAUGGACGGAUAACGUGGGACCACUGGAUGAACUCGGAGGAGAGUCGUGAGCCACUUCUUCUCAGAUUGUGUGCAGGAACAGUCACUGAACGUAUUGUCAGGUUCUUCUGUAAAGUUUUACUGUAAUUUUGUACUGAAAUAAAUAAGACUGAGCUAAAUGUUGCAAAAUGUUUGUGGGGGAAAAAAAAUGACUGUAACUUUCGUAAGUGCAUACUUGAAGUAAAUCUUUACAUGUGGUGUUUGCAGCAGAGAUGACUUCUGUGCCAUUUGGAUUAAUUGAUUACAGUGGACAACACUGGAUUUAAUUACACAGUUGGGUCCAUGUAUGUUAAAUCAUGAAUAAAAUGUUCAUUUUUAA